UGGAAAAAAAAAAAAAAAAGCCCCAAAAUAAGAAAAGGUAGAGGCGCAAGGGCACCGACCAGCCUCACCCCUCCCUGUGCCGCCGGCGGCCGUUGGGGCGUCCUCGCGCCGGCCGUUACCACAGCGGCGGGCGGGAAGGGCGCGAUGGCUGAGGGGCCGCCGGAGCAGCCGCUGGAGGAGCCGCCUGAGGAGCCGGAGGAGCCGGAGGAGCAGCCGGCGGAGCAGCCCUUCGGCUCCUACGAGCAGUACCUGGAGGCGCAGGUGACGCCGAGGGACCUCUACUACCUGGAGAGCGAGGAGGUGGCACGGCAGCUGGCAAGGCUCGGCUUCAUCGGCUCCAAGGAUGUGCUGCAGCGGGAGGAGUUUGAGGCCCAGCAGGCAGCGGCAGCGGCACUCAUGGCAUCAGCCUCUCAGAAGUUGCUAGCAAGCACAGGAAAAGAACUCAAAGAUAACUUUUUGCAGGCCCUGGCGGAAAGAGAAGAAGCAAACCGUGAUGGAAAGCUUUCUUCCAUAAUCUACAUUCGUGACUAUAAUUCUCGUCACCAGGAGGUGUCUGCAUACAUCGACUAUGCAUACAGACUGACAACAGAUGAUUUUGAAGCCUACUUCAGUGGGAAGAAGAGACUUUUGCCUCGGAAAACAGAUCUGAGCCUUCAUCCUGAAAUGCAAAAUCCAUAUGCAGCUGAAGUUCAAACAAUGCUCUUUUACAACUGGAAUAAAAAUGUCGUCUCUUCAAACCCCAGCCCAAAUUAUGAAGUGAUUGCAGAAAAUUCCUGUGGACUACUCUUCAAGAACAAGAUGGAUGGGAAAAUAAUAAAUGUGAAUCCCAAGGUCUACCCAGGAGACAACACAACACGGACACCUGUUAAAACAAAUCUCUAUCUCCACAUGGUUAUCUACGACCACAUCGUUGGAAGAGAACCCUAAGGUCCCUUUUCCUCCCAGUGAUUCCUUUAGCUACUUUAAAGUCAUUUGGAAGAAAAAUAAACAGGUUAAAAAAAUAAAAAUAAACAGAAAGACCUUUA